CGUUUGCUGCAGCUCUCGCGGACGGAUCUGUUCGUCUUGGAAAAGUGCUAAAGGAGACACAGACCUCGGUGUGCGUGAACAAAUUGCAGUGUGUGACUUUUAUUGUGAUUUAUGGAGCCCUUCCUGAUGAUUCCGCUCUUAAAACCGUUAUUUGACUUCACGGCAGAGCGUGUGCUGGAACUCGUAGAGGUCGUCGAACAGUCGACCAGCUGUCACAUUUGAUUCAUGGACUCUUCACGGACUCAACCUCUUCGAUUUUCUGUCAAAAUCCCGACAAAAAGGCCACUUCGUGGUGCAUCGAAUAUUAAGGUUUGAGGAUCAUGAAGCUGUCCUUGAUCAGUAUGGGUGUCGUGAAGAUUGUGCUGUUCAUCUUUGAGGCUGUUUUACUGACUGACUGUGCACGAGGACCUCCACGGGUAUCUGACAAGGUGAAUCACAGACAGUCAGCCCGGCUUGGAAGCGCCAUCAAGCUGCCCUGCCCAGUGGAAGGAGACCCUCCGCCUCUCAUAAUGUGGACCAAAGAUGGACGCAAUAUCCACAGUGGCUGGAUCCGUUUUCGUAUCCUCCGCAUGGGCCUUAAAAUUAAAGAGGUGGAGGCAGAUGACACGGGGACAUAUAUCUGCAAAGCCAUCAAUGGGUUUGGCAGCGUUAAUGUCAACUACACCCUCAUCGUCAUUGAUGACUCAGGUUCUGAUAAGCCUGGACCUGGGCUGGCUGCUGGAGCAGAAGCACCCCUGGGAUCUGAUGGUUUGGGGGAAAAACUAGUACGUCCCCGCUUCACUCAGCCUGCUAAGAUGAGGAAGAGGGUGAUAGCGCGUCCCGUGGGCAGCUCGGUGCGCCUCAAAUGCACAGCCAGUGGAAACCCUCGGCCGGACAUCGUGUGGCUGAAGGACGACAGGCCGCUGACGGAGCAGGAGGUCGGUGAGAGCCGCCAGAAGAAGUGGACUCUGAGUCUGAGGAAUUUGUCCCCAGACCACAGCGGCAGAUACACCUGCAGGGUCUCCAGUCGCGCAGGGGAGAUCAACGCCACGUACAAAGUCGAGGUCAUACAGAGGACAAACUCCAAACCUAUUUUGACGGGCACUCACCCAGUCAACACGACCGUGGACUAUGGCGGCACCACGUCCUUUCAGUGCAAAGUGAGGAGUGACGUUAAGCCCGUCAUUCAGUGGCUCAAGCGCGUGGAGUCCGAGGAAAGCCGCUACAACUCCACCAUCGAGGUGGGCGACCAUCGCUUCGUGGUGCUGCCCACGGGGGAGGUGUGGUCGCGACCCGACGGCUCCUACCUCAACAAGCUGCUCAUUACCCGUGCCAAGGAGGAUGACGCCGGCAUGUACAUCUGUUUAGGCGCCAACACCAUGGGCUACAGCUUCCGCAGCGCCUUCCUCACAGUGCUGCCAGACACCAAGCCUCCUAUCACAGCGAUAUUCUCACCAGCCUCCUCCUCCCUCCCCUGGCCGGUCAUUAUCGGCAUUCCUGCUGGAAUCGUCUUCAUCUUUGGCACGGUGCUGCUGUGGUUCUGCCAGAGUCGGAAACGCUGCCCCCCUCCCAGCGCUCCGACUGCACCGGUUCUGCAGGGCUCGCACCGAUCGCAGUUCCGGGAGCGGGACCGGGGCCACGUGCCUCCGUCGUCCAGCUCCUCCACCCCAGAGAAAGACUGCAUGAACUCCACGAACUACGAGGAGUACCUGGCCCAGCAGCAGCUCCUCCUCAACCAGGGAGGGCCCACGCUGCCCUCCAAGAUCUACCCCAAAAUCUACACCGACAUUCACACGCACACUCACUCCCACGUGGACGGGAAAAUACAUCAGCAUCAGCACAUUCAUUUUCAGUGUUAGCCUCAGCGCCAGGGGGUGAGCAGUAGAUGGACCCGUACGUGGGAUUACUCCUUAAAAACAGCAAAAACUUCUGUCAUUGCAUGUUGGGCUGCUGCCGGUGUGACAAACGAUGGCCAGUGAUACACAACAUUUUAAACAGUUGGUGCUAGUUUUCCCGUCACAUUCUCUCACCACUAAAAUCGGUGUGCACUUAAAAGGACAGAAAGUGCCAAGCUUGUUCCUCUUCCCAAGCAUUUUCCAGUUAAAAUUAAAGGUUUCAGUUUUUCAGUUGUUGAAGAGAAGAGGCUCUUUAACGAAAACGGUACUCAACAUUUUUUUUUUUUAAACAAAAGUGGCUGUUUUGAAACGCCGCUACUCAGGUAGUCCUUGUGUUUGGAACAUUGAUGCAUUCAAUGCUGACCACUAUUUUUAUUCCCGUUCUCCAUCCCCGACUUCUGUGUUAACUGGGACACUGAAUAAACUGGUGGGUUUAAUGUAGCCUUUUUAAGAUAUGCAAACCUUGCCUGUGACUGCAAGGGAUGGAAGAAUUGUGACUUUGUUUUUAGGUUCUCAAUAGUUGUCAGGAGCAUGUUGAGA